GCUCCCUGCGGGCGCGGCGGCGCCUGCGCAGUGGCUGCGCGGCGGCAGGGCAGCCCCUGCUGUUGUUAUUGUGGGUCUUGGUCUGCGCCGCGUUAAGAUGGCGGCUGGGCAGGGGGGCGGCGGCGGCGGUGGCGGCAAUGGUGGCAACGGCAACGGAGUGGGGGGAUUGGCGAUCCCCGCUCACCUCACUCUCUCCUUCUCGGCGGGGCCGCACUGGGGCGCGGCGACUCUGCCGCAGUCGCACACGGUGCGCAGCCUGGACCGGGCCCUGGAGGAGGCGGGCAGCUCGGGCAUCCUCUGCCUCAGCGGGAGGAAGCUGCGCGACUUCCCCGGCAGCGGCUACGACCUUAGCGACACCACGCAAGCAGAUCUCUCAAAGAACAGAUUUACUGAAAUUCCUCCUGAUGUCUGGCUGUUUGCACCACUGGAAACUUUAAAUUUGUAUCACAACUGUAUCAAAUCCAUUCCAGAAUCUAUUAAAAACCUGCAAAUGCUUACCUACCUUAACAUUAGUCGAAAUCUUUUAUCAGCAUUGCCAAAAUACCUGUUUGAGCUUCCACUUAAAGUUCUGGUUGUCAGUAAUAAUAAGCUGGUCUCCAUUCCAGAAGAAAUUGGAAAGUUAAGAGGUCUAAUGGAAUUGGAUAUUAGCUGCAAUGAACUUCAGGUUCUCCCCCAGCAGAUAGGAAAAUUGCAGUCACUUAGGGAAUUAAACAUAAGAAGAAAUAAUCUCCAUAUGUUGCCAGAUGAAUUAGGAGACCUUCCCUUGGUGAAGCUGGAUUUUUCUUGUAAUAAAAUCACAGAAAUUCCAAUUUGUUACAGAAAGUUACGUCACUUGCAAGUUAUAGUUUUGGAUAACAACCCAAUGCAGAUACCACCAGCACAGAUAUGUUUAAAGGGUAAAGUACAUAUAUUUAAAUUCCUCAGCAUUCAGGCAUGCCUCAGAAUAGAUAAGAAACCAGAUUCUUUGGAUCUUCCAUCAUUAGGUAAACGAAUCCCCUCCCAGCCACUCACAGACAGCAUUGAAGACUUCUAUCCCAGUAAAAAUCAUGGGCCAGAUUCUGGCAUUGGAAGUGAUAAUGGAGAUAAGAGGUUAUCCACAACAGAACCAUCUGAUGAUGAUACAAUCAGCCUUCACUCCCAGGUGUCAGAAUCAACAAAGGAACAGACAUUAAGGAAUGAUAAUCAUGUAAUGGGAAGUAAACUUGACCCACAAAAAGACCAGGAGGUAUAUGACUACAUUGAUCCAAAUGCAGAAGAGGGAGCUGUUCCUGAGCAAGGAGAUACACAGACUGGACCACUGCUGUCUUAUAUCAAGGAACGAGGAAAACAUCCUGAGAAACCUCAGAAAAUAGAACAGAAUGAGGACUGGGGAGAUCAAAAAAGACUUCAGGAAGAACAGCUGCUGGCUGAAGAUGAGGAGGAGCUCAAAGAAGUGACUGACUUGAGAAAAAUAGCAGCUCAGUUGCUGCAGCAAGAACAAAAACACAGGCUUCUUAACCAUUCAGUUUCUGUAAGCACAAGGAACAGGCCAAAACAACCAAUGGAAUCUGAAAAAUGCGUCUUAACAGAUGAAGUGAAUUCCCCAGUGUCCCCGUACAGCUGGCAGCCCCUGGGAAACCACAGGGAUUCUGUGGAUGAGCAGUACUGGCCAGAAAUACAGCCAGUGAUUUGGCAGAAUGAAGAAAGAAGGAGAAGUAAACAAAUUAGAAAAGAGUAUUUCAAGUAUAAGUCUUCCAGAAAGAGCUCAAGUGGAAAUGAAAAUGAUGAGCAAGACAGUGAUAAUACUAAUGUGUCCCCACAGUCUCCUGUAUCAUCUGAGGACUAUGAAAGGACAGAUAGUAACACUCAUGGUCCAUUUGGUCUCAAGCCAAGGUCAGCUUUCAGCCGUGCAUCUCGCCAGGACUAUGAUUCUGUGGAUCCUGGAUUUACAAUGAGGAGGAAAAUGGAGCAUCUAAGAGAAGAAAGGGAACAAAUCAGACAACUUCGCAAUAAUCUUGAAUCAAGGUUAAAAGUAAUUUUGCCAGAUGACAUUGGAGCUGCAUUGAUGGAUGGAGUAGUUCUUUGCCAUUUAGCCAAUCACAUAAGGCCACGUUCUGUUGCCAGCAUUCAUGUACCAUCGCCAGCAGUGCCUAAACUCAGUAUGGCAAAGUGCCGAAGAAAUGUUGAAAACUUUCUCGAUGCUUGUAAAAAACUGGGCGUUCCACAGGAGAGACUUUGCUUACCUCAUCACAUUCUGGAGGAAAGGGGUCUGGUGAAGGUUGGCCUCACAGUUCAAGCUCUGCUUGAAUUGCCAAUGUUGAAAGUAUCUCAGCUUUCCUCCAUAUGACAUAUUCCAUUCUUGGAAGCUAGACAACUUACCAUUCAAUCUGUUGAUCUGGAUUGCUUUGAGGCAGUUCAGCUUCCGACGUGGGAACAUCCAAGCCAUCAAGAACUAGUAUCUGUCCAAAUGCUGUAGAGAGCCUUACUUAGGAGUUGUACAUGAAAACCUUGGAGUCAGCUGACAGUUAACUGAACAUAAAUUUUCCUUUUUAUCUUUUGUAGUUGGAUGCACAAAGACAUCAUGAUAGCAUCAGGUUCUCUUCUCUUUACAGUUAAGUUAAAAGCUGCCAUUUAACAUCUCACAGUGUUAGUGAAAUGCUGUAUUUCUUUUCCUACAUUGAAAAUGUUUGAAUUACUUUUGAAGUACAAAGCACACCCUCCUUUACUUUAACCUUUCAAGUCAUUAAUUUGAUUUAAAGGUAGACAAAAAUGUAGCGAUGGUAUGAUGGCAAAUGCAAGCAACUGGUCACUUGUAAGCCACUUUUACUCUCUCAGAAAGCUUAAUAUUUACAUUGGGUUUUGCACUCCUGGUUGUAACUUACACAUUUCUAACACUGCCAGUAUUUAGUCUGACUGUAUGGUGGUUACACAAGACAGUAUACAAUGGGAAAAGGACACAUUUUAUUGAGGUUUUUUGAGUCUUCUAGGUUGGUGCCAAAUAUUUUUUUCAGUUGUACUGUAGAUUGUUUACAUGUGAAGUGCCUGUGUAAUUGAUAACUCUUAAUAGUCUUAAACAUUUUUGAAAUGUCUUUGUUUAAAAUAGAUAAAAUUUUAAAAUAUUUUAAUAGUUUUUUGUAAAAUCACUAUGUGAAGAUUCAAGUAAUACUUCACAUUUUUGAUGUUGGAUGUUUUAAGUUUGUUGCACAAUUUAAAAUUGGUUAUUUUGUUGUCUAAUAACUAGAAAAUACUGUAAAUACUUCUUAUUUAUGAUAUUUAAUUUGAUAAUACCUAAUCACUUUUGGGUUAAUGUAUUGUUGGACAAAAAGGUGUCGUCUUUGUUUGGGACAUACAUGGUGAGUAAGACAUGAGGACUAGUGAUGCAUACAGAGUAAUUUGGGACAUUUUGAUAAAACUACCAAAAUCUCAGGUUUAUGCUGUGACUUUCAGGAUUUUGUGUAAUAUUGCUCCUGAUCUCACAUUACAUUUUCACAACAGGUAUAGCCAUAAUUUAGUUGAGAAAUAUAAAUGUUUAUAAUUUUAGUGUUUAUGGGAUUUGUUGUGUAAUUAACACAAGUGUGGCAUAGCACACAAAUCAGUUUGUUCCAACGUCACUGUGCUGAGACAGGACUUUGCUGGAUAAAUGUGACAAAGAAAAAUUUGCACUGUGGUGGCUUAAUGAAAUUUCCAAGUUUAUGUAUUUAUUUGCUUCUGCACAAAUUCUUAGUGUUUUGAGAAAAUUCUGAAACCAUACAUGGUUGAGUUCUCCAAACAAGUUGCAAAUAAUUUCAGUAAUAAAC